AUGCGACCCAGACAUUCGUUAUUAAACAUAUCUACUCAAAAAUCAUUAUACACUGUGUUUGAAAGUCAAGAAGAGGAUUUGGUAGAGGAUAGUAGUAGGCAUGGGAAUCCUGUAUCGGGAUUGGGAGUACCUAGGAGGAUUCUAACGUCGACAAAAGGCAGUGCCUUCGCAAUAAGCAUGCUCUACAGUAAUAUUAUGACUAAAAAGGAGCCUAAUAUGUUGGUGGCUGAUAAAGACGGGCGGGUCAUUGACAGUACUAAUGGUUCGAAAGGUUCGGAAAAAGAAAUCGUAAAGGGUAAGAGAGGAUCUAUAAACGUGAUUCUCAAUAACAGGGACAAAUUACCGGUUUCAGCUAAUCCAAUAACGCAUGCUGACCAUAUCCGGACUCAUUCUAUAAGGCCGAGAGGUACUGUGAUUGCCAGCAGAUCUUCGGGAGCUGUGUUGAUGGUAGGUGGUAUUGGGGACAACAAGAUCCCAAGAUUAUGGGGGCCAAAAAGAGAGCGCAGCAGAGAGCUCAAGGCGGACAUGCAUUCUAUUAAGGGAGCGCGGAGGAACUAUGAGGAGGCGGAGAAGGGGGAUGAUGAUGGUGGUGAUGAUGAUGAUGUGUAUAGUUCCAGGUCGAGUAGCCUCACGAGGAGCGAUGAAUCGGAGGUAACGGACAAGGGGGAGUCGGUGCAGUUAUACAUAGACCUUGCGGUGACGACAGAUGCUAAUAGGGAGAAGCGCAAGUUUGAACGUUUUGAUGCAGCAUACGAACCAGAUGACAACGCAGAUAUUACUAUUAGAGACAGCAGUCCUUAUUCAUGCGAUUUUGCCUUGGAUGACGUCAAAGUAAAGCGAGAACAUGACACAGAGACCUCAAUUCCAGCAGUAUUAAAAGUAAGCUCGAAAGAUUCAACAAGCCAGGAAAAUGAUCAAUCUAGCGAUGGUGCUGAUUCCAAUAUUAGUUCGAGGCUCCAACAAAAGAUGAACAUAUUGAAGUCUAAGUUUCAGCCUUUCACCCAAUCAGAAAGAGAAUACUCAACCUCAGUAUCCACCAUCAACGAUCUUGUAAUGGACGUGAGUAAAGUGGGUUCUUCGACGACUAUGUAUGCUAGCAGUGCUGCUACUACUAAUAACGGCGACAGCCCUUCAAAGUGGUAUUCAAGCCCGAAAAAGAGUCGUCACGAGUUCUAUAUUGAGUUUGAGAAAAUUCACCUUCAACAGCACUUGCAUAAUUUGGCUGCAUCCUCAGAUUCUAAAUUUUGGUUUAAUCACGAUUUAUCAGAUAGGCAAUUGCUCGAGCAAAUGAACAAGGAGUUGUAUUCGCUCCAACGGUUCACUCCAAAGGGUCAUAAAGUUAUAGUUAAACAAUUAAAAAGGUUUUUGGCGACUGAAGAGGGUAGUCGUGCAAUCAAAUUUGAAAGCCAGAAACCAGAUUUAGCUAUAGGUCCACAACUUAACGGCAAAGGCUCUGAAGUUGUUCAAAAAACAGAGGAGGCGGAUAAAUCAUUUGAAGAACUGCUAAUUGCUACAAAGAACUAUACGACAAGCGUUUCCGAUUUUGAUAUUUUUGAAGAAGUAAAAGAUAAGCAGCUUAGGGGCUGGAUGAAGGCAGCUCAAUCAACGGUACAAAAUUUAUGGCAAGAGUCCGAGUCACUCGAGUUUGGCAGAUACAAUGAGAAGCCUCCUAGUGGUUCCAGUAUCUCAUCUUAA